AGAGAGAGAGAACAAAGCUGUCCAAGGCUGAUGUUAUAGAAGUUUGCGUUCAGGUAAUCAGAUAUGUUUUUGCUGUGAAGUAACGUCCCUUCAGCUUUUGUAUUCAGAGGUGGGCUGUUGAGAUCUCAUAGGAUUAUGACGGUAUCCUUAUUGAAGGUGUUUCAUAUGAGCUCAGAUCCUCAAGGAAUUGGAACGCCAACAAAGGGCAGACAAAAGAUGGUUGAUGCAAUUGUGAGCUUUGCUAUUCAGACGCUUGGUAAUUUUCUUAUCCAACAAGUCAACAUUAGGAUCGGAGUGAGAGAUACUGUAAGGUGGCUCAAAGAUGAACUGGUGUUCCUCCAAGCUUCAGUAAGAUAUGCAGAAUCAAGGCAGGAUGAAGAGCUAAUCCGCAAUUGGUUAAACAAUGUCAGAGAGGUUGCGGAUGAGGCAGUAGCCAUCCUGCGAAAUUUUAAUGUUCUCCAUCAAGAACAUGCUUCUUCAAAACAAGAUGUUUGCCAUAGUUUGAUAAGCUAUGUUUGGAUGUGCAAGAAAGAGGCUAAGCUUUAUGAUAUUGGCAAGGAUUUUGAGUCGCUCAAGGAAAGAGUCGUUGACAUCAAGAAAAGGCGACGCGAGUAUGGGAUUAAUGCCAUGUUAGCCACUCCAAACGUGCAACAGAAACGGAGAGCAUUAUUAAGAACAACUGCCAUUGAUAACCAUGUUGAUGUGGUUGGUUUCGAGGAUGAUAUUAAGACUUUGAUGUCUGAACUCGAUAGUGAGGAUCCAUGGCGGAAAGUCAUUGCCAUUCACGGAAUGGGUGGAUUAGGCAAGACUUCACUUGCCACAGAGUUGUACAAUUCUGGUGAUUUGAGACAUUUUGGCACUCGUGCUAAGGUAUGUGUCUCAAAUGAAUAUAGCAUAAAAGAUGUUCUAAAGAGGUUAAUAAAGUCUUUCAUGGGAAUCGAGCACGAACAGGAAUUGUCAAAGAUGGAUGAGCAUGACUUGCUACAUCACCUGCAAAAGUUACUGCAAGAUCGAGGUCGCUAUCUCAUAGUGAUUGAUGACAUAUGGGAUACCAAAGUCUGGGAACUGAUUAUAAAAGCAUUUCCAGACCAAAAGAACGGUAGUAGGAUCAUCAUAACUACACGGAACAAAAAAGUGGCGGAGAUGAUAGAUGAUAAAUGUUUUGUCCAUCAACUUCGAUUUCUGACAGAAGAGGAGAGCUGGCAAUUGUUCUGCAAGAGAGCAGAACCAACCCAGAAUUUGAAGAAGUUGGGGAAGGAGAUGGUUGGUAAAUGUGGAGGUUUACCCCUAGCAAUCGUGGUACUUAGUGGCCUAUUAUUGCAUAACAAGAACUACGCGUACUGGUCAAAAGUGAAGGAGCAUAUUUGGAGACAUUUGAAGGGCGGGGCCUCUGUGCAGAUCGAAGAAAUACUAAGCUUGAGUUAUAUAGACUUGUCUUUGCAGAUGCAAGAUUGUUUUCUCUACCUUGCAAGGUUCCCAGAAGAUCAUAUUAUUGACGUUCAUGUGUUGAAGCUUCAAUGGAUUGCAGAGGAAUUUUUAUCAGAAGAUCACGAAAGAGAUGGAGUACCUAUGGAAGAAUUGGCUGAAGAUUAUCUGAUUGAGCUAAUUAAUCGCAAUUUGAUUCAGAUAACAAGAUUGCAAUGGGACGGAAAUGUUGGGGAAUGCCGGGUACAUGAUCUUGUACGUGAACUUGCCAUAGAUAAGGCAAAAGAGCAGAAGUUUUUGGAAAUUUUCGACUCAAGCAGACAACAUCCAAAACCUAUCCAAUUACUGAGAGGACAUCAUCGUCAUGCCAUUUACAAUGGAAUUGGUGAGCACUUCAAGUUAUUUGAGCGUAGAUCUGAUGCUUUAUAUGUGCAUUCAUUGUCACUAAACAAUCUAAGUGGUAGAGUCCAAUUAGAAGAAAUGAAGAUGUACACCAAAUUCAAAAAUCUCCAAGUGCUAGAUUUGACACGCGUGAAAUCAGAUAGGAUACCAGAAGAAGUGGGGGAUUUAGUUCUGCUUAAGUUCAUAGGCUUGAUGGGUUGUUUUCGAAAUUCAUUAGAAAUUCCACCAAGUAUAGUAAAGCUGAAAAGGCUACAAACUUUGUGUGGUUCAAACUUUUUUCAGUGCUACACAAUUCCUAGAGAGUUAUGGGAGCUCAAAGAAUUGAGGCACAUAACCAAUGGACAGUAUAGCGGGAGUAUGAAGAUAUGUAACCACCAAACAAAGCUCCGCACUCUGGACGAAAUAAGAUACAAGGAUUGGGUCCAGAUUGACACUCUCACUAUCCCCAACCUUCAAACACUAACAAUAAUUAGAUCAGAAGAACUAGGAAGAGGAUACGCGUACACAUUAGAUUCCAUCGCCAAGUUAGCAAGUCUCCAAACAUUCACCUUAUUACUUUUUUCUAGUAAUAUUCCAACAAUUAAGCCACUCUGGUCUUGCAAGCUUCUCAAGAGUGUCUACUUAGCUGGUACUAUAGAAGAUCCCCUGGAAUUGAAUUUUCUGCCAGAUUCAGUCAGGAAUUUAAGUCUAAUCCGUAGCGGUUUUUUGCAAGAUCCAAUGCCUACUUUGGGAAAUUUUACAAAUCUUACAGCUCUUGAGUUGUUUGACGUGUACCAGGGAAAGAAAAUGGUAUGCAAUCAUAAUGCCUUUCCGAGUCUUCGAGUUUUAAGAUUGGAACGCAUGGACAAUUUGGAAGAAUGGCAGGUUGAGGACCAAACUCUCCCUUCUCUUAUAAGUUUCAAAACAACUCGUUGUGAUAUUUUGAAGACACUUCCAGUGCAACUGGAACGUUUGCGGAUAAUGGGAACUUCUGAUCUCAAUAAUACUUAGAGAGAAGAAUUUUAUUAAAUUUUGUGUGGAGUUGGCGAGGAGGUUGGGCUUUGGAAAUGUAAUCUUGGAAUGCGAAGCUGUGAAUAUGGUCCGGUUAUUCAUAACAGACGACAAGAAUGAGCAUCGUCAAUUUUCUUGUUAUUUCAUGAUGUUCAUGUUCCUAGACUCGGCGGGAUUUUAAGAAUUUUUUAAUGCGUUCAUUUAAAAAAGUAGCUAGAUGGAAUGGGAGAUUUUGUAUUUUAUUUUUAAAGGAGCAUUGUGUUCACUUCAUGGAA